GUUUGUGAUCCGGGCAUCAGUCACCGUUCAGCAUUCAUAGCCGCAAGUCUUGCAAGUUGCAACGCUAAAUCUAGAAACUACAUAAAAUCAACAUGACCGGACGCGGUAAAGGAGGAAAAGGUCUUGGAAAAGGAGGCGCCAAACGUCAUCGUAAGGUUUUGCGUGAUAACAUCCAGGGAAUCACCAAGCCCGCCAUCCGUCGGUUAGCUCGUCGUGGAGGAGUGAAACGUAUCUCCGGUUUGAUCUACGAAGAAACCCGUGGAGUUUUAAAAGUAUUCCUUGAGAACGUGAUCCGUGAUGCCGUUACCUACACCGAACACGCCAAGAGGAAGACCGUCACCGCCAUGGAUGUCGUCUACGCUCUGAAACGCCAAGGUCGUACCUUGUACGGUUUCGGAGGUUAAUUUCCCAACUAUGAAGAUCUCAACGUUUUUAAAAAGGCCCUUUUCAG